CCAUGUUCGCCACCGGCCUGUCGGACUUGCGCCGGAUGGUCGCGAUGCGCAGCGUGGAGCACAUCCAGUUCCUGCCCUUCCUCACCACUGAUGUCAACAACCUGAGCUGGCUGAGCUAUGGGUGCCUGAAGCAGGACUGGACCCUGAUUGCCGUCAACACUGUGGGCGCCACGCUGCAGACCCUCUACAUCCUCGUCUACCUCUACUUCAACCCCGAGAAGCGCCGCGUGCUGCUGUGGAGCCUGGCCCUGCUCGGCCUCCUGGUGCUGGGCUACUGCUACUUCAGCCUCCUGGUGCUGGACCUGGACACACGCCUGAUGCGCCUGGGGCUCUUCUGCAGCACCUUCACCAUCAGCAUGUACCUCUCGCCUCUGGCAGACCUGGCCAAGAUCAUCCGGACCAGGUCGACCCGGUGCCUGUCCUUCCCCCUGACCGUGGCCACUUUCCUGGCUUCCACCAGCUGGACGCUGUACGGCCUCCAGCUGCACGACCUCUACAUCAUGGUCCCCAACGUGCCUGGGAUUGUCACCAGCCUGCUGCGGUUCUGGCUGUUCUGGCAGUACCCCCCAAGUCUGGACAAGCCAUACAAAUCCCUGCAGGCCUGAGGCGAGGCAGGGCGAAUGGCCUGGGGACAGACGGAGCCAUGCUGAGCCCAUGACAGGUGCUGAGCCCACCUCACCCCAACCCCGGGUGUUGAGUAAUGAAGGAGAAGGGACCCACCCCCCACUGUGAUUCCACCCUGGAAAAGCUGCAUCUUCCACCCAUUCCAGCCAAAGACCCCCCCCAUUCCCCCCCACUGCACAGCCACUGCCGGGUGCCUGGGAGAGCUGCCCAGUGCCACAGUGGGCCUGGGCUCCUGAGCAUGUAGGGCUGCACCAGCACCCCCUUGGUGAUGGUCAGCUCCCCUCCCACUUCUACCCCCUGCUCUGGGCAGUGCUCCCAGGAGAGGUGCAGGGGGCCAGGCAGGCUUCAGAGGACUACGCUCCCCUCUGCUGGAUGCUUGGGGUUGUACCUGUUUUUACACAGUUAAAAGUGCCUUUCAAUAAAUCAGAGCCACUUCCUGGCAUGUGGAACCUGCUUCCUUGUCCCCUAGAU